GGCAACGCGGCACCUAAUUAACCUACCGUGCCACCGGCUAUACCGCAUACUGCGUGUUCCUGGCUGCCUGCUUCCUCUCUGUUGCCCUCGUUCGUGCUUGCGGUGGUUUCGGCGGCGGCGGAGAUGGGAGCUUGUGCGACCAAGCCUGCUGAUCUCAAGGUAGAGGGCGACGCGCCUCUUGUUCUGGACGAUGCCGCCGAGAAGAAGGCCGGUGUAGUUGAGACCGACCCGGCCGCCGACGGGAGUCGCCGGAGGUCCCUCAGUGAGUUGCUCAAAGAGAACGCCGACAGUGACGUAGAGGCUCCAGAUGAGGAGGAGAAGAAGGCUGAACCAGCAGCUGCUCCUGCUGACAACACUCGAGCAACAACGGAGCUGCUCACCGUCCAGCCCUCCGUCACAACGACCGAGCAAGACCACACGGGUGAAGAACUGGGAGCAAAGGCUGAGCAGGAUCCUCACACGCAAGCACCGGUAGCGGAAGAAGAGAAGCGUGUCGAUCCUGAUUCGGUUCAGGUUGCUGCUGUUCCUGCUCAAAGUGUUGAAGAAAGCAGUGUGGAUCCUGAUGCAGCUCAGGUUGCUGCUGAUCCUGCUCCAAGUGUUGAAGAGAGCAAGGUCGUCGCUGAUGCAUCUGUCUGAAAUAAAUAUCUGGGAGAAUGUUUGUGCCCUUGAAAGAGGAUUCUCGAGAUUGACAAUGGCAUUCUUGUUUAUUUGGGCGCCAUUUUUUGUUGGGGUGUGUAUGCCUGUAUGCAUGGCUAGGUUGUGCAUCACUUGAUUUUAUUGGCAUUCGACUGUUGAUGCUGCUUGAUUGAUUGGACAGUGUACGCUGCAAAUCGUUCUCUAUAUAAGAGGUUUUCUCCGAGUA